AUGUAUCUCUCAUUUAUAGCUGCUCUUUUCUUUUCUGUUCAUGGGGCUGAUACGUCGAAGAUUUGCCCCCAUCUCUGCUUCUGCUAUGAAUCCUCCAGUUUUGUGGAUUGUCACAAUCGGCACUUGGCCCAUGUUCCUCAUGGCAUCCCUCACAAUACAUGGAUGCUGAAUUUGAGACACAACAACUUGAGUGGACUAGAGGUAGGCUGCUUUGAUGCUUUGUGGUCUUUGAAGAUCCUUCUUCUGUCCCACAACUCCAUUGCAAAGAUUUGGCCCCAAACAUUCACGUCCCUGAGUUUCCUGGAGAAGAUGGACCUCAGCUACAACUUGUUGGCUCACUUACCACAUGACUUCUCAAAUGAGUUGACUUCCCUAAAGGAUCUCAAGGUGGCCCACAACUGUUUGAUAGCUUUGGGUUUUGAAAGCUUGCAGUAUAUGGAGAACUUGGAGAAGCUGGACUUGAGCCACAACCUGGUCACUUCGAUUGAGAAAGGGACUUUCCGAGGACUCUCCAGGCUCCGACAUCUCUACCUUCAGUCUAACAGGCUUGCAGUUAUCUAUAACGGCUUCUUUUUUAUGCUUCAGAACCUGGAAGUUCUUUUGCUUAACAGCAACAACAUCAGCUUUAUUGAAGUAGAGGCUUUCACUUCAUUACACAACUUGAAUUUUCUGGCUUUGACUGGCAACCGGCUCAUCCACCUAAAAUUUAAGACUUUCCUAAAUAUCCAAACAGUAAGCACACAUAUCCAGCUGGCUGGUAACCCAUGGGCCUGUGACUGUGAUCUCCAAAGGGUUUUUGGCAAAAUCAUGAGUGUUCGGCACCUUCAUGUGGACGAUUAUGAGAACCUCACCUGUUCCAGUCCUUGGCAAUUAGCUGGCUCGCCUCUUGUUUCUGUGGACAGCCAGCUGUGCAUGGCAGAGACAGCCACUGUCUUAGUGAUCACAGUUACUGUCCUGGUGACAGUGAUUGCUGCGAUUGUGAUGGCAGAAAGGAACAGGAAGAAGAACCAGGAAAAGAACUGGAAUGAAUUGGAAGGGCCCUUUGACUCGCAGGAGAAAUAA